GGAACGCCCUAACUACUCACCCCUGCCGCCUACCACUGACCCCAGCCCGCCGAUCCCUUUCCUUCCUCCUCUUCCCUUCCGGCCGCUCGCUGAAUGCCAUCGGAAGCCCCCGCGUGGCCACGUCGAAGAUCGAGUUCUUCACUCUUCAGAAAUCAGAACCCUCCUCGUCGCCUCUUCCUCUUCCUCUUCCGCUUCCGCUUCCGCUCUCCAACGAUGGAUCAGUAAUCAGAAGAUUCAGAACCCUCUAGUCCUUCCUUCCUCAACGAGUCCAUCCUCUCCUGGUACCGCGCCACGCCUACGCCCGCGCCAAGGUCUUCCUCCAUGACCGCCGCGUCUGCGCCGUCACCGCCCACCUCCUCCUCCUCAGCCUCUCCCAGCUCAGAGGUUGUUACAGGUUCCCUUCUCUCACUCUUUCCUCGUGUCGUUCGGGUCCGAACUCCGCACCUUUCCCCCUCACCCCGACGCACAGUCGCAUAGAAACCCUAAAUCUCACUGCGUGAGGGGGACGACAAGGACCCGGCGGCGGCGGCGGCGGCGGCGAUAUCUAGGGUUAGUUCUCCUUUUGAGCACCAACGCUUCAGUUGGAUCCACAGCUCUGCUUGCUCUUCUUGUGGCACGAAGUGAGCAAAUCCGAAAUUUGCAAACUCCAUGGUUUCAAGCAAAGAGAGCAUGGAUUGCCCAGUUGAAUCCCCACCACUACCAAAUAACCCGUACAAGGACCCCGACGAUGGGCGCCAGAGGUUUCUACUUGAGUUGGAGUUCGUUCAGUGCUUGGCUAACCCUACCUAUAUCCACUAUCUAGCUCAAAAUCGUUACUUUGAAGAUGAGGCAUUUAUUGGGUACUUGAAGUACCUUCAAUACUGGCAACGACCUGAGUACAUAAAAUUUAUAAUGUAUCCACAUUGCCUUUUCUUUCUAGAGCUUCUCCAAAACGCAAACUUCCGCAAUGCAAUGGCACACCCAGGAAGCAAGGAGCUGGCUCAUCGGCAGCAGUACUUCUUUUGGAAAAACUACAGGAACAACAGACUGAAGCACAUCCUACCACGCCCUCUUCCUGAACCCGCUGCACCUCCCGUGCCCCCUCCACCUGUGCCUGCAUCCGUACCUGCGCACCCUCAAGCUCCACCUGCAUCAUUGCCCCCUAUGACUACUGCCGGUGGAUCCACGUUGUCGCCCAUGCAGUUUAUGGGAGCGCCCAGCUCUAAUCUCCCAAAGGCCGACAUGAGAAAUACUAUGGGGGAUCGGAGAAAGAGAAAGAAGGAAGGUUGAAGAGGCGCUCCGCAUUAACAGAUGAACCAUUUUUCCCCUGCCUGCUGGAAGUUGGAAGAGCUGGAGCAUGGUUUUCUCAGAAUUCCACGCAACAGCAGCUGAAAGACCACACAACGGCCCUCCCUCCCUUGUUGUCCAUUCUCUCUUCAGUUACCACACAUACCCCCUUAUAUUCAAUAAAUUGGAUGGUAGUAAUUCACUCCUUGGGAAAUUACUCUUAAAAUUUCUGAGCUUAAAAACAAUUGAAAGUUUGAACCACCAACUCAUGUAAUGAAAUUUAAGUUUGAUUGUGUUUUUUUUUUUUUU